AUGAAAUCAUCUUCAUCUGCGAAUAAGAGGACAUCAUCGUCAUCAUCAUCAUCAUCAUCAUCAUCUGAAUCAACAAUUGAUGAUUGUAAUAUAGAAAAUAGAAACAAGAAUAUUAAUACUACGACAAAAAAAAAAGAUAAUAAUGGUGCUACUACAAUCAACGAUGAACAUAAACCAUUACCAUUAUCAUUACUACUAGUCAUCUUUAUAAUUGCGCUUGCUUCAAUCACAUUUUUAGUAUUGAAGUUUCCUAGUUUAUCAGAUUUACCAAGAAGCUUUGAAGAUGUAAAACAAUUAAGCGAUAUAUUAAACCAAUAUACAGACGAUAACUAUUUUAUUGUCAUUACAACUUAUGCAUUUAUUUAUAUAUUUUUACAAGCAUUUUCAAUUCCAGGAUCAAUCUUUUUAUCAUUUCUAAGUGGAGCAUUGUUUGGUAUUUGGGUUGGAUUCCCAUUGGUUUGUGCUGUAGCAACGAUUGGAGCGACAUGUAGUUAUAUGAGUAGCUACUAUAUCGUACGUAAUUUGGUAAAGAAGUUCUUCCCAGACAAGUUGACUGUAUUUGCAACAGAGGUGAACAAACGACGUAGCAACCUACUCAAUUACAUCAUCUUUUUAAGAAUCACACCUUUUCUACCCAACUGGUUCAUCAACCUUGCAUCACCCAUCAUCGAUGUUCCCAUUGGUACAUUUAUGAUUGGUACAUUUGUCGGUAUUGCACCAGCCACCUUUAUCGCGGUCAAGGCAGGUCUAUCACUUCAAGAAUUGACCAAACCAUCCGAUAUUUUCGACACCAAAUCCAUUCUAUCGAUGGCAUUAUUGGCAUUACUAUCUAUUUUACCUACUCUUGAUCCUGUCAAACGUAGAUUAGAUAAAUUAUUAAAUAAAAAACAAGAAUAG